AUGGAUUUCAAUCCCGAACAGCCUCUGACCUUCCCAGAUUCAGCUGGUCCAGCGAACACAAUCAUGACUACUCCAGAAGAUCCCAACUCGCUCGGCUUCGACCUGGCCCCCAAUCCCGAUGCGAUGAACUUGGAUCUCAACAACCUUCAGGCUUUCCCAAAUCCAGCUGGUCCAACGAACACAAUCAUGACUACUGCAGAAGACCCCAACUCGCUCGGCUUCAACCUGGCCCCCAAUCCCGAUGCGAUGAACUUGGAUCUCAACAACCUUCAGGCUUUCCCAAAUCCAGCUGGUGAAGCCGACACCGCCAUGGGAAACACCCUCCCAGAGGUCAACCUUGACAACUUUGACUUCGGUAAUGCCAUGACCUCCAAUGCCAGCCAUCUUCCUACCUCUGGUCAAGCCGACAACGCCAUGGGAAACACUCUGCCAGACUUCAACCUUGACAACUUCGACUUCGGUGAUGCCUUGGGCGCCGAUAUCAACCAUCUUCCCACCUCUGGUCAAGCCGACACUGGCAUGGGUGCAACUCUGCUAGACUUCAACCCGGCCGACUUUGACUUCGGUGAUGCCUUGACCGCCGAUGUCAACCGUCUUCCUGCCUCCGGUCCAGCCGGCAAGGCGACAGACAACACUCUGCCAGACUUCAACCCAGCUGACGUUGACUUCGGCAAUGCCUUGACCGCCGAUGUCAACCAUCUUCCUGCCUCUGGUCCAGCCGGCAAGGCGACAGACAACACUCUGCCAGACUUCAACCCAGCUGACUUUGACUUCGGCAAUGCCUUGACCGCCGAUGUCAACCAUCUUCCUGCCUCUGGUCCAGCCGACACUGGUAUAGGCAACACAGUGGGAGAUCUCAACUCCUCCACCUCUUUCGGGUUCGACGGCGAGCUCGAAAUUCCUGGUAUCUACUGGAGUCACAUAUCACGUCUGGCGCGAUGGGUACGAUCACGAAUCAUGAUGCGGGAUCAGGGAGUGCAUGCUGAAUGA